AUGAAGUCCCUCACGCCGCUUCUCUUGGCGAUCGCGCCGCUGGCGCUUGCCCAGGACCCCGUGCCUUGGACGGAUGCGGAGAGUGGCAUUAGCUUCAAUACGUGGGCUGCGCCAAGCAUGACCUACGGUAUGGCCCUCCCAGCGGACGCGCUCGAGACGGACGCGACUGAGUACAUUGGCCUCUUGACCUGCGCUUCCACUGAAGGUGCCAACACGGGAUGGUGCGGCAUUUCUUUCGGCGGCGGCAUGACCAACAGCCUCCUCAUGCUUGCUUACCCUCACAACGACCAAGUCCUCACCUCGUUCCGUUGGGCGGAAUCCUACGGCCCCACCACCCCCUACACGGGCGACGCACGCCUCACCCAGAUCUCCUCCGUCGUCAACGAGACCAGCUUCUCCGUCAUCUACCGCUGCGAGGGCUGCCUGAAGUGGAGCCACAACGGCGUCGACGGAGCCGUUGCCACGAGCGCUGGCCUCGCCGUGACCGGCUGGGCGCACGCUACCGCCAACGUCAACAACCCCGACUGCGCGGACUCGGCCGGUACCAGCCAACAUGCCACGCAAGGCAUCCUGCCUGCGCGCUUCAACUCCGAGGCUGCCACGCGGUCGUAUGAGGCCUGGGCUCAAUUGGCCGUUAGCGAGGUCAAGGGUAGCUGCGGAGGAGCUACUGAGCCGAAACCGGAGCCCCAGCCUGAGCCUGAGCCUGAGCCCGAGCCUGAGCCCGAGCCCGAGCCGGAACCUGAGCCUGAGCCAGAGCCGGAACCCCCUGCUGCCAAGUGCUCCCAGGAAUACGUCGUGCCUCAAGGCUCGUUCUGCUACGCCAUCGCCAUGCUACACAACAUCACACUUGAAGCUUUCCUCGCGCUCAACGAGGGCUUGGCUUGCAAUACGUUGCAGCCCGGCGACGUGGUUUGCGUGAAGGGAUAA